GCGACGCCGAACUCUGGAGCGGGGGAAGAAGGCUCCUCUGAAAACGGCUGCGCGUGAAUGAAGCGGGAAAGUUUCCCCACCUCGGCCGUCUCGUGCCUACUCCGUCCCUUGUUCUAUGGAGGGGGAGGGAGCGGGGACGCAACUGAGGCGCUGUUAAAAGCAGAGGAGAUGCAGUAAGCCAAAGGGGGAAGGCAGGCUCCCAGUUUGCAUUUUCGGUGACUAGGGGAGGUAUCGAGGGGUGAGAUGGGAGACGCGUGGAGGUGAGAAGCUGUCAGACGUGUUCCUUCUCCCUCUGCCUCCCUUUAUUCCCGUCUUUGGGGGGACUUGAGGCUUCCCAGGCAAUAUGCUACUAAUAAUGGUCAGAGCUUGUUUGGAAAGUCAGUGGAGGCCAGUUUAUUCCCAAAUACAUAGUUGCUUACUACAAAAGCAGAUUAAAAACUGGCACAGGAGUCUUAGCAUAACAAACACACAAUGUUCAAAAUCGCAGAAAACCUGUAAAGGAAAUAAAUCUGAGAAGAAGCUGAGUCGAUAUUUUGUCGAUCGCCGAAAGGUUCAUGUGAUAGGAGGGAAAGGAGGAGAUGGUAUUGCUUGUUUUCUCAGUGAACCUAGAAAAGAAUUUGGAGGUCCCAAUGGAGGAGACGGAGGAGAUGGGGGACAUGUUAUAUUUAAAGUGGAUCAGCAAAUCAAAUCCUUGUCCUCCGUCCACCCAUUUUAUAGAGGCUUCAGUGGGGAAAAAGGAGGAAGCAAAAACUGUUAUGGAGCAUCUGGCAGGCCCCUUUAUGUUAAGAUACCUAUUGGUACCAUGGUUAAGGAAGGCACUAAGGUUGUAGCUGAUCUCAACCAACCCGGGGAAGAAUACGUUGCAGUCUAUGGUGGAGCUGGUGGCAAAGGCAACCGUUUCUUUCUGGCUAAUGACAACCGAGCACCGACAACUGUGACUUCAGGAGAACUGGGUCAGGAACGGUUCCUUCACUUGGAGCUCAAAACUGUGGGCCAUGCAGGGAUGAUUGGAUUCCCCAAUGCUGGGAAAUCGUCCAUCUUGCGAGCAAUCUCCAGAGCAAAACCCGCCGUGGCUCCUUACCCAUUCACAACCCUGAAUCCUCACGUAGGCAUUGUUCGCUAUGAAGAUUACGAGCAAAUUGCAGUUGUAGAUAUCCCUGGAAUAAUAAAAGGAGCUCAUGAAGACCGGGGGCUUGGUUUGGCCUUUCUGAGACAUAUAGAACGCUGCUGCUUUCUCCUCUUUGUGCUGGAUCUGUCUGUGGCUGAGCCCUGGGCACAUUUGGAAGCCUUGAAGCAUGAACUGGAACAGUAUAAAGUUGGCCUGUCAAAAACUCCUCAUGCCAUUGUUGCAAAUAAGUUUGAUCUUCCGGAAUCCAAGGACAACUUGCCCCUCCUUAAGGAGCAAGUGAAGCAGAGAGUCAUCCCACUCUCUGCUCUGACAGGAGAAAAUCUAGAGGAAUUGUUGGUGCAUCUGAGAGAACUCUAUGAUGAUUAUCUGAAAACAGAAAAAAAACAGGUUCGCAAGCCAAUGAAAUGGUAGUAACAGAACUCUUCCAUUAUUACAUUGAAAUAGGGAGGAUAUUUGGAGUUUGGGCAUGGAUAGGAGGGACAGUUUCUAAAAGCAAAAUAAAAUUGCUUUUUAUUCUUUAAUGUUAUAAGGAGAUACACAGAGCUCUACCAGCAGAGUGCUAUAGAAGCAGAUAAGAAAGAAUGGUCAAUCUGCACAAACAAUAAGUUAAGCAAAAGAUGAGUCCACCCUGCAACAGAAAAUGAAAUGUUCUUAAACCUAUUGAGACCUACAAGGCAUAAUUUAAUCUAAGGAACAUUCAAUAAUUUAAUAAAGGUAUGUUUGUUUUUGUUAUGGCGUUUCUGUUCUCCCAAUUCCACAUGGACUCUAGGCAAUUUACAAAUUCUUUAUAAGUAUCAAAUAUAGCACCACAUGACAACCACAUGACUGCAAGGAAUAUAAAUCCUUCCAUCCUCCAUGAUUCAGUCAGAACUGAGGAAGCUUCUUGGACAAGAAGUGAAACAUCCUCAAGUAAAAACAGUCUAGUUGCCUUUUGAAAAAGCCCCUUUGGGGGUUUGUAGGGCUUGUAAGUGAUCAAGAGUAUGGUGGCUCACAUGGUUAGAACACUGCAUGACCAGCCAGUGUUCAAGACCCAACUGCUGCUAUGUAACAGGAUGAGCUCCCGUAAUUCACUCCAGUUCCUAGCAAUUUGAACAUGAAUAAUCACGAGUGGAUAAUAGAUACCACUUUGGUGUACACAUUAACAGGGAUAUAAAUGAGUCCCCGGGCAAUGGUGAUGUCACCAGCUCAUCCUUUCAAGCUGGAAGUCCCUCGGGGCUUCCAACACAAACAUGAGCAAGUGAUGACCAGUACUUUGAAUUAUAUUCAUUAUAUAUAGUAUUUCAUUAUAUAUAGUAUUGCAUGGCUCCAGUGGUUUGUACCUGCCAAUGGGCUGCUACCUGCAUUAUGCACCAAUUGCAUUUUUCACGUAUUCAAUAGCCAUAGCUCUUAAGACUUAUAUACCACUUCACAGUGCUUUACAGACCUCUAAGUGGUUUACAAAAUCGGCCUAUUGCCCCCAACAAUCUGGGUUCUCAUUUUACCAACUUUGGAAGGAUGGAAGGCUGAGUCAACCUUGAACUGGUCAGGAUCAAACUUCUGGUGGUUGGCAGUGAGUUAGCUAGUGCAGGUGAAGCUACUGAUGAUACAGACAUAGGCACCAAUGCUAUGUUUUCCUACUACAGGUAGGUCCACAACUGGCGCUUGGUAUUGUGGGAGGUCCCUCCAGUCUUGGCUUCCAUCUGCCUAUAUCUGGCAGUAGCUGCAAGUGUAGACAGACAUCAAAAUCAUGAAUUGGUUCCUUAGGGGUCAUCCUGUUUUGUCAGGAGUAAUUCCUAAGGCAACUAGAGAGAGAUGGUUUCUGGACAAACUACGUUCAUCCAAUGAUAACAUUUAAGCGGCCAUCCUCUCAUACAGGAAGGCAUCUGGUACCCCC